AAGUACGUAUGACCAAAUGGACGCUUUUAGAGCGCUUACUCGUCUCGCCGGGUCGUCGCGAAAGUGAAGAGUACCAUGCUUGGUAUGCAUUGCUUGUUUUCUCAAGAAAAAGGCAGUCUGGGCAAAAGCCAAACUCGAGACUAUAGCGGGGUUACAAGAUUGUUCUCUCAUUUAUGGGCUACCUGUGGUAUGAGUCAGCAGUCUCCCAAAACAAAAUCAACAUGGCGGACGAAGUUCCAGAUGGCCUAAAGUCUGUCAAGCAUGUGAUAUUAGUUUUGUCUGGGAAAGGAGGAGUUGGUAAAAGCACUGUAUCCACACAAGUAGCUUGGUCAUUGUACAAAUCAGGAUACAAGGUUGGCCUGUUGGAUAUUGAUCUUUGCGGUCCAAGUAUCCCCAGAAUGAUGAAUGUGGAAAAUCAAGAUGUGCAUCAGUGUUCAGAUGGAUGGGUUCCAGUCUAUACAAGCCCAGAUCAGAGACUUGGUGUGAUGUCCAUUGGUUUUCUCCUGCAAAAUAAAGAUGAUGCAAUAGUUUGGAGAGGACCAAAGAAAAAUGCAAUGAUAAAGCAAUUUCUCUCGGAUGUUUGUUGGGGAGAGUUAGACUUCCUCAUCAUCGAUACUCCUCCUGGUACUUCUGACGAGCACAUAACUGUUGUAGAAAGUCUAAGACAAUAUAACCCUGAUGGUGCAAUACUUGUAACAACUCCACAGGGUAUGGCCAUAACAGAUGUGCGAAGAGAAGUAACAUUUUGUAAUAAAACAAAGAUACCCAUCAUAGGAAUAAUUGAAAACAUGAGCGGCUUUGUUUGUCCACAUUGCAGUGAAUGUACAAAUGUAUUCUCAAAGGGAGGUGGAGAAGCCUUAGCUCAAGAAUGUAAAGUCCCUUUUCUUGGAUGUAUUCCUCUAGAUCCAAGCCUUACUCAAUCUGUGGAAGAAGGAAAAUCAUUUGUAGAAACAAUGGACAAUUCACCAACGAUGGACUCAUUAAAUGCAAUCAUUUCUUUAGUUCUUAAAACUGUUAGCGAAAAAACUUAAUUUCCCUUUCAACUAUCUCUAAAUUGGCAUUAAAUAUAGUCCAUGCUAAACUGUUUUGUUCACUCAUUACAAACAGUUUUCCUUGGAAAUGAGAAACAUGCCACAAAGUAUUUAGAGCGGAUUUCGUAUGAGUGACAAACGGACGGUACUGUACUGUGACCGAUAAUCGUACUGUAACCAAAUUCUAGUGUGUCAUUGGUUCACAAAAAUUGUGCAGGCCAGGUCCGGUAACUGCGCAGUAACCGUGUGGUAACGGUGUCCCACUCAUACGAAAUCCGCUUUAGUCAAGUCUGUGCCCCAUCUCACCCCUUAAAGCUCUGUUGGGCUUCCUGUGAUUAGGGAUGGGGCAAGACA